AUGCCCUUCUUUUGCUCUAAUAACCUGCUAGUACAACACCAUUACCAGCAACAACCCAAAAAAAUUAUCAUGGAUUAUAAGCUGCCACAGGCAUCAAAGAGGUCCAAUACCCCAGACACAGAAGAACACAAUGGACUUUCAUGGCAAACUGGCAAUGAAUCGACUGAAAACUUCCGUCGGGUCGUUCGUCCGUUUAUCCACGAAAAUCGCGGCCACUCAAUCCAGGUUCUACAGCCGUCUGUUGACCAGUCCACUGGCUCUGUAGCUACAGAGGUAGCUACUUCUGUUGGCAGCUCGAGGAACUAUAUGAUGUCUCCAAGCGCGAUAAAGACUGAAAAUCAAGACCUAGCCCCACUGAACGCGAGAAAAAGAGUAGCCGACUCCUCAAACCUCCCACGAAAGCAACAUCGACACUCAUCCUCCGCAUCUCAAAUACAAGGCCGCUCACAACUGGCGGCCCAAGAGAUGCAUCGAAAGAGAUCCCUUACCCUUACAACAACGAGUAGGAAAUUGGUUAGCGAUACAAUUCAAUACCUAAAAACGCUAUCCGACCGAAUCUUGAUCGCCGACACCAUCUCCUCCACGGAGUGGGUCACGAUGCAUCUCGCCACGCAAUUGCUACAGAGCAGGUACGAAGAUAUCCUUGCGAGGGAAGAGAUGGAAACAAACGAUGUGUCCGAGUUUAAUUUCCCACCGACACAGCCAGAAGAGAGGUGCCGGAAGUGCGCUGCUGCGGAUGAGGAGCGGCUGUAUGACUGA